GUCUCCUUGCAGUAGUGGACGCCUCCACCCUGGGCGAGUUCCGGAUGUAUGCGAUCCCCUGGCAGAUGUCAGCGGGAUGCCAACUGGCCGGCUUCCUGGGGGUGCUGAGCUCCGAGCUGAGCGUCUACACGCUGGCAGUGAUAACGCUAGAACGGAACUACGCGAUAACGCACGCAAUGCACCUGAACAAACGUCUCUCCCUCAAGCACGCAGGUUACAUAAUGACCCUGGGCUGGGGUUUCGCCCUGUCGAUGGCGACCUUCCCGUUGAUAGGAGUAUCGGACUACCGGAAGUUCGCCAUUUGUCUGCCCUUCGAAACCACCGGGACAGCCUCUCUCACCUACGUCGUGUUCCUGAUGCUCAUCAACGGGGUAGCCUUCCUCAUCCUCAUGGGCUGCUACCUCAAGAUGUAUUGCGCGAUCCGGGGCUCGCAGGCCUGGAACUCGAACGACUCUCGAAUAGCCAAGAGGAUGGCCCUCCUGGUGUUCACCGACUUCCUCUGCUGGUCGCCCAUCGCGUUCUUCUCGCUGACCGCGACCUUCGGCCUCCAGCUCGUCUCCCUGGAGCAGGCCAAGGUGUUCGCCGUCUUCGUGCUUCCGCUCAACUCCUGCUGCAACCCCUUCCUCUACGCCAUCCUGACGAAGCAGUUCAAGAAGGACUGCGUGCUGAUCUGCAAGGCCAUCGAGGAGUCCAGGGUCACCCGGGGGAUCGGAAGAUGCAGACACAGCUCGAAUUUCAGCAACAGGCAGACCCCCGCGAACACGAACAGCCUGGUGGACAGGUCGUCCAGGGAGAACCAGCCUCCACCUUGUGCGUGCAAUUCGAGACUCCUCGAGGAUGGUCAGUGUCCUGGGGGGUGGUGGGGGAAGAGGCUGCUCUGGCUGUGCCCCAGGGAACGGCGACGUAGGAGGAGGCCCCGACACCCCAGGACCGAUCAGUAUGCCUAUCAGAUCGCCGAGAUCCAGCAGAAGCAGCACAAGAGAGCAUCUUCGGUCUCCUCCAGCGAGAACUUCUCCUCCUCCAGGUAGCGAUGAGUCCAUACCAAAAGC